UUGCACCGGCUUCUACAGUCUUGUUGUGGUUUAACUGGGUCGCCGCGUCAUUUAAGAGCGUCACCAGCGGUUUGCGGACGAACAUCUGUGGACGUGGAUGCCUCAAGCGUGACUGCGGGCGUCACGCAUCCACCAUCACAUGGAACUCCAGCUAUUAACAUCACCACCACCGCCAACAACACGACCAGCACUCCGCUAAAGUCCUCUCUGAAGAAUGUGCGUGUGCAAGAAGUGGAUCUGAGAUCCAAGUCGGAAGACAGUCGUGCGGAUCUAGACCACAACGUAGCACAGAAAAAGACGUCCAAGGUUACAGUGAAGCCUCAGGUGUUAGGUCCACCGAAAUCUCCCGAAAACAGUGAUUGGGAUAGCAGUGAUGAUGAUGAUGAUGAUGGUGAUGAUGAUGACUUUAAACUGCCGAGUCUGAAAUCCCAAGCACCGAGCCGUCAAGUGUUUCAGCGACCACUUGACGAGGAGAUGGAGGAGGAAGAAGACAUCGACGACAUAUUAGGUGGCCUGUCGCCAGGUCAUUCGGUUAAGUUUCGUGAUAGAAACCCUACCGAAAACUUCAACAACAACGCCACUGAAGCCAAGGGCGCUGACAAAAACGACGACGUCGACGACGUGAGCGUGUCCUCUCUCCUAGACGACGAAAUCUCGAAAAGUCGCGUCAGCCCGAUUCGGCCGAAGACGAGUCGUGGUGGACGCACACCCCUGGCGCCGGGAAGUGGAAGCUUCCGCAGCAGUGGCACUAUUGUCUCCCCUCUGUGUCCGGGCGCUAGCUACACAAUUAGCACCAGCCAAUGGGACACGACGGCCUCUCAAGGUAGGCUCUGA